GGAAUUAAACUCAGGACCUCUGGAAGAGCAGUUGGUGCUCUUAUCCACUGAACCAUCUCUCUAGCUCCUCAAUUGUUUCUUGACUGGAGAAACCACACUGAUGACAGGACACUCCUCGAAGGGGACACAUUGAAGACUAGACACUGUACAUUUGGGAAAGAUGGAGACUGAAGAACACAGAGGGAAGAUAAAUCUAAAAGAUAUGCAGAGGAAGAACCCCAAGGAUGCUCGUUAACAGAACCACUUUCCCAUGCUUUUAGCUAACCUCCUGUAAUACUUUACUGUUAACCCCUUCUGCACUUUUUUGUUGUUGUUAUUGUUUUUGAGACAGGGUUUCUCUGUAUAGCCCUGGCUGUCCUGGAACUCACUUUGUAGACCAGGCUGGCCUCGAACUUAGAAAUCCGCCUGCCUCUGCCUUCCAAGUGCUGGGAUUAAAGGCGUGCGCCACCACCGCCCAGCCCCUUCCGCACUUCUGAUAACCCAGAUGCAACUGUAAAAGAACAUCUGUCCUGAUUGGUUCUAGAUUCAAGGCCUGGAUGGAUAUGGGAGACUCCACUCAUCCAACAUGAUUCUGGCUGACCCUACACUGGCUUUUACUGUCAUCUCUGACACAGCAGGGGUGGGACAGUCCAGGGAGCCACAGGCCAGGGACAGCAUUGCUCCAGGGCACAGCAGCAGGGAACAAGCUGUCUCUACCCUGUUGGAUGCUGGGCACCUCCCCACUGCCCCCAACACACACACCCCAUAUUCCUUACCGCCUGCCCACCACAGGUUCUCUUCAGUCACAAACUCCAUUGUCUAGAGUGCCACAUGGGUUUACAUACCAGCCACGUCAGCAUAUGCCUGGCGAUUCCCAGGGUCCUUUUUGGGGUAGUUUCUAACCCCCAGAUGGACUGUUAUGCUAAAAAACUAAACCACUGCGCCAGCCAGACAGUUAAGACAGAGAAAUAAAAGAGACUAAAACUGGAAAGCAAAUAGUAAAACCACUUCCACCCUCAGAUCGGAUUCUACAAGGGUUGGUUUUUUUUUGUUUUUUUUUUUUCUGGCUUUUCAAUAAAAAUAACCACGAGAAGUAAAUAAAUUCAAGAAGGCUUCAAGAAAUAAGAUCAACACACAAAAACAGUUAUACUUCUACAAAUUAGUAGGGAACGAUCAGAAAAGUAUAUUAAGAAAGCAGUUCCCACUGACAGCAAUAUAGAAAAGAACAACACAGAAUAAAUUCAACGGGUGGCACAAUAUUGUCCACUGGAAAUUCAAAAUGCUUUUGAAGGGCAGGGGAGACGGCUUAGAGGGUAGAGCACCUGUGAAAAUGUGAGGGUUAGAGUUCAGAUCUCCAGGAAACCAAGCAAAUACUGGGUGGCCAUCUGUAACCCCAUUGGUCAGAAGCCAGAGGUACUGGCCAGAGCAAGUUGGUAGGUAGAUAAGCUGAAUCACUGAGCUCUAGGCACAAAUGAAAGACCCUGUCUCUACAUACAAGGCAGAGAGGAGUCAAGGAAGACACCUAAUGUCAAUCUCUGGCCUCUCCGACAACCCAAUGUUAAAAAAAAGACUGGGAGAUGCCCCCUUGGUUAAGAGCACUAGUUGCUUUUCCAGGAACCCAGAUUCUCUGCUACUCCAGUUCCAGGGGGUCCUAUGCCCUUUUUUACCUUGUAGGCCCCAGGCACACAUGUGGUAUGUACACAGAAAUAAAUGCAGGCAAAGAUACAUAUAAAAAAAGAAGUGUAUAAAAAAAUCAAAGCCUCAAUUUUAAACGCAAGCAAGCAGCUUGGAGAGACAUGGCUCCAAAGAAAAGGAGGGGACGGCCAUCAAGUAGGAAUGUUAAGACAUCCAAGUGACUGGGUUAACACCACUAAAGUCCCACUGAGAUGACACGUGAUGCCUACUCCAUCAGCUGUUUAAAAACCCACACGGUAUAAAACCAGCCUGAGGGGACUGUGAAGGAGCUGGAGGCUUAGUUGCCACUGGUGGCUGGUGGGAAGGUUAAGAUUUAGGGAACAUUUUGCGUUUGUCCUAAAAGAUGCCACAGCCAGAUAAUGAGCAAAGAUAGAGAAUGACUUACAAAGAAAGCCAGCACACCCACUUAUCUGGCUAUACAGGUCAUGGCACACAGAGAGACUUGGAGAUAUAUCCAGGGUGACUCCUCCCAUUCACCAAGCAGUCGGUCUCCUAAGAACAUGACAGGUAUUGGUACCUGUUACUGCUACAAGUGAUUUAAAGAGAUGGAGCUGCUGAAGGAUGGCAGGACAGGCAGCUGUGUGACAAAGCCAACAUGGUCGCAAAGUCGGCAGCUGCCAAACUCAGAGCUGGAGGUAAGAUCUGAGUGUAACACGCAACAGGUGAUCUUGAUUGGCAGCUUGAUAGGGCUUAAGAGUCACCAUGGAGCCAAGCUUUGGACUAGGCUGUGAGGCACUGCCUAUGUUAAGUGAACCUCGGCUGGAAGACCUAAAUGCAGGCAGCUCCAUGCCAGGGGAUGGAGGCCAGGCUGCAUAAAGAGGAAGCAAGGCACGCCAGCGUUCAUAGCUCUCUGGCCCAGAGUGCAGAUGCUAUGCUCACAGCUGCCUCAUGCUCCUGCUGCCUUGUGCACCCCGGCGUGAUGGGCAGCACCCUUAGACUGGGAGCCCAGAUGAACUCUUCCUUCCUGACAUUGCUCUGUUCUGUGUUUUGUCAUAGCAACAGGACAAGGAACAAUUACAUAACAUGUAAGAUGACUGUUUAUGGGCACGAGAUGUCCACCCAGUAGGGCUUCAACUGAUCUAUGCGACACUAUAAUUUAAGUCUUCAAGGUCUGAUAACCUUAUAUAUGCUGAUGUUGGAGGUGAUGGGACCUUUAAGACACAGGCCUGGUCUUUAGGACAGUGGGGAAAGGGGGUCCUCUGUGUGUGUGGUAUGAGUGUGUGUGUUCUAGAAGAGUUCUCCUCCCCCACAAAAGAGUUCUGCUUCCCUGCCACAAAAUUAUGAGCAGUUUUGCUCUGCUGCAAUCUCUUACCAUGAUGCAUCAUCACCAGAGGACAAAGCAACAUGGCCAGCUGAUGACCCAAGCUUCAUAAGACAGCAAGCUCAGGUAGUCUGUAACAGUUAACUGAAGCUGACUGGCACACUCCUCCAGUGGGGAAACUACUAGCAAACCCAUUUCAACAUGCGUGACAAUCUAAAAAUCAUCUUAAAAGGCAGGCUGAGGCCCACAGAGUGUGAGAGGUGCACAGACAAAGACAGGGUGGCCACCAGAAGAAAGCCAUGAACUCUAUUGUGGCCAAUGGACUUGGUUUCUCAGACUGAAAGGAAAGAGUUUGGUAAAACAUGGGUAUACUAUGGCCAUUGGUCACGAGUCCAGGGUAUGUGGCUUGCACGCACACACACACACACACACACACACACACACACACACACACACACACACACACUUCCAGUGUGCAGAGAAACAGGACAUGCUCUUCUCUAAGUCACGCGUGUUCUCCUGGCAUCAGGUCGGCUUUAUGGGACUAAGGGGAGUGGAAGGUUGAAUUAAGCAGGUGACUUACAGCCCAGGGCCUAGGGGUGGCAUUAAUUCUAUCUCUAUCUCCUCCCUCCCUCUCCCUUCCCGCUCUGUUUAUUCUCCUUUGAAUAGGAGAUAAGGGCUUUCUGAUUCCUUCACAAAUGAAUAUGCCGAAUAUUCAUUUUAUAUCAGUGCAAGAGUCAUUCCUGUACCUUAAAAAGUAAUUGUUUCAGUUUUAAGGGUCUCCUGAAAUGCCCAGCAGACCUACUCUGCUCAGGGCAAAGCCUGUGAACCCCACAGCAGAGCAGUGCACCCCAGACCAAGACACAUCUUUCAUUGGCUUUUUAGGCUAAGUCUCUAAAACUUUGCUAAGAAUUUUUCUCAUUUUCUAUUUUGUUCUCUACUAGCCUUUGAUGAGAAAGCAAUGUGCGGGAGUCUGGCUGUUUGGUCUGGUCAUUUGAUGCCCUAUAUAAACGGGACCUAGUUUCUUCUGAGGAAGAGGAGAGGAACUAGCUUGUUAAUAAAUUAGCUGUUAAGUCAUAGAAAAUUAGGUCUAAGGAUGCCUCAGUACCUGUAGUCUUUACACUAUAAACUAUAAUUUAGUGUCUAAACACAGCAAAAGCUUUAGUGAUAAUAUUGUAUUAAACAGUCCCAGCUGGGCCCAGCGGCAGGUUCCAGUCAUUGGCAGGCAGGCAGGCGGGCAGAUGAUCAGGCCUUUUUAAGAUGAGGGAAAUGCCAAACUAGACCCAUCAGGCUGGUGAUGUCUCUUCUGACUUCUGGCCCCAGAUGUUGCCUGCUGAGUCCUGGAUCAGGUUUCUGAACCUGGCUGCCCAACUUAGAAACUGCAAUUUGAUUAAGUUUGGUUCAGUUUAUCUAUCGGUUUGAACCACUGUGUGAUCAUAUGAGAGCACCUUCUAGGCCACUGUACCUGCUAAGCUUUGCUCCUGAGGCACAGGGUAGUCCUUCCUUGGUUUCAAGAUCCACAGGCUUGUACUUUGAGUUUAUUUGAGCAAUGUUUGGACUGGACAAGGUCCAGGCCUGGAUUACAGCCCAUGAUUAUCUAAGCGGGAUCCAUUAGAGGCCUUAGAAGUUCAGCCACUUAGAGAAAAGGCCUGGGUCACAUGGUGGGCAGUGGUUUGAAAGGGGACCAGCAGGCUCAUCCUAAUCCACAGGCUGGAAGGCCGCUGACUUGGAACUAUGACGCUGGAAAGACAGGUGAACUCUCCCCCUGAACAGGUGGCCAGAGCCACACUGCAAAGAGCUCAUCUAAGCAGAAUUGCUCACUUUAUGGGGUGUUUUACAGAGAGACCUUAAAUGCCUCAAAAUCAGUGGGAUGCCUUUCUGGGAGGCAUAAACAAAACUAUUUCUUUAAAGAGGGGUGUGUGUGUGUGUGUGUGUGUGUGUGUAUGUGCGUACGCACACGAACACUCAGGAUGUUGGAUCCCUGACGCUGAAGUUACAUUAUGAGCUGCCUGAAGGACUGUCCUCUGGUGGGCAGCAAGUCCUGUUCAUUCCUGAGCCACCUCUCUUCCCCACAUAAAAAUCUUGUACUUGAUAAUAAAAAUAUCUUUCACUUUAUAUAACAUGUAUGUAUUUUGCCUGCAUGCAUGGCUGUGUCCCUUAUGUGUACAUCUUGUACCCUUAGAGGGGACAGGUAAGGGUGUCAGUCAGAUCUUCUGGAACUAUAGUUUGAGAUGGUUAUGAGUCACCAUGUGGGUGAGGGGAAUAGAACCUGGAGCCUCUGGAGGAGCAGCCAGUGCUCUUUACUUCUGAGCCAUCUCUUCAGCCCUAACAGAAACCGUUUUGUAGACUAUAACCUCCAGCUGCAUCUCCUUUUGCCCUUACCCAUCCUCUGUGUCCUUACAACUUCUUCCUUCAGUUAAGUGAUGGGAAGAAAAGCUGAGGACCAAAACUGGGCCCCCAAUUAGUGGGUGUUUCUAGAACCUUUCCCAGGCUUUGGCCAAAGUCUUCAGCAUCACAGAGAGACUGUGUCUUGGAAAGGUGGGUCCAAGGCUUUAUCCGCAACAUGGUGAACUCAGUAUUUUAGCUGAAAAACCACAGGAGUUUGAAAGCUACCAUCCUGCCUCAAUCUCUGCCCAUCAAUAUUUAAAAGAAAAUAAACAAGGUCACGAUUUGUAGAUGGUAUUAGCUCCGUAAGAACAAAGAAUGGUUGAAUUGAUGGACGCCGUGCCUUGUAAGUCAAUCACCAUGGUGACAGCAGAGCCAGUCUGAGCUCAGAGUUUCCUCAAGCCAAGCUGGGAGGCUGACCAAGCCCUUGCAUGGCCCUGCCUCCUCCAGUGUUUCCUUUCCUCCGGCCACAGUGCUCUGAGCUUCAACAACCCCACACCUGUUUGAGUUUCGUAUCACGUGUGACACUUGUGUACUGGCCCUUCAACAAACACACAUGCUCUUUCCCUGCUAUCUACCCACUGCCAGCUUCUCUCAGGAAGGAGGCUCACUCAUGGGAAGCUCUGAGGGCAGGAGAAGCCCCCUGACCUUUGUAGGUCAUCAGCAAGCUCUGUGGGGGAGCAGCAGAAACUUCUCUAGGUGACGUGGCUGGAGACUCAUAGGACAACUCAUCAGAGUCAAUUACACACAAUGACGAAGUACAAGAAAACAGCUGAACACGGCUCUCCAGGAGGGCUUUGCAGUGCCCGUUUCACAAAUGACAGGCCACCUGACCUUUCUUUGUAUGGAUGUCUUAACUGAGAGCCACUUGAAUGAAUUAUUCCCAGGUGCUACAAAGUUAAUAAUAUUUAAAGUGUUCAUACGUAUUUUCACAGUAUAACUCCACAAGAAUUUGAGUCGUGCCCAUAUAACUUUGUCUGUGUAUGAGAUUUCAAGAACAGACAUAGAAGCUGAGUGAGUUUUGGUGCUUGAUUCUCUCCAAUGACAAUAAUCCGAUGCUGCCAAAUGAGAGCCACGGUGCAAGGUAACAGUCAUAAUGCAAAGAUCUAAUUAUAAUCAGAAAACUUUGCUCAGUGUUAUGAGAAAGGACCAGGAGGACACAUCUAAUAUUAUAGAUGGCUAUAAUACCUGUUCUGAUCUUAUAGGGAGCCGAUUCUCUAUGACAAAGCUAAACUUUACCAGAGUCGUGUACCACCAUAAAAAUAACAAUGAUAAUUAAGUCUCCCCUCCACCCCCCACACCUUUCGUGUUCUGACAAGACUCCCUGCUCUCAGAGUCAAAAAUAAUACACCUCUGCAUCUUCUUUGGUGACCUAGAAGCCCACUGCCAUGUGCCCUCAUAAUACCUGUGAGAUAAACUAAUAGGCUGCUCUCUAAAACCCUGGCUCCUUCUAUCCCUUUCCUACAGUUUUCAUGAGGGGAUCCUCCCAUUACACCAGUCUGAACAGAGUGAUGGAUGGUGGCUUUGUCUCUCCUGGGGUAGGUACAGGGACCUGGCCUUGCUGCCACAUCUAGGAAAGGGAACACAGGAGUCCUGUGUGCAUCCCUGGAGACAUAGGGAUGUGCCAAAGAAUCCAGGGACUGACCCUGUGAGUGAUGGUGUCUCAGUAGGAACCUGAUUUCAAUUCUAUUGAGUCUGGUGCCAGCUUCUGUUGGUUUCAUGCUCUGACCGUGUGGUGCUCUCUCUAAAUGGAUGGAUGUUUACAGAGAUCUUGUCUCCACUGUGAAAAUAACAGAGAGUCUGGAUUGAGAGAUCUUUCGGCUUGUCUGCUUUGAGUUUGAAGCAAAUAAAAAUUUCAUGCUACUAAGAAGUAGAUAUGCAGUUUUGUACUACCAUAAUCAUGCCUGAUCCAUGACAGAGAUUUUGGAAUCAAAACUCUAACUCUGUUUUUUUUUUUUUUUUUUUUUUUUUUGCAUGUGUGCAUGCCACUGUCCUACAUAAGGGAAAUAUUUAAAACUACAUAUUGCCUUGGAAUCUAUUCUUACAGUUUGGUUGUUUUGUUUUAAAUAAAGAAACAGGGCUCUACUGCCACCCCCCCCCCCAUCCCUGUUUCUAGUUCUAUAAUCUCACCUAGGAUCUGAGUUUGGGCUCAAGACGUCUGUCUUACACAGCCUCCUUGUGGUGACUACCCUGCUAAGAUGCAUCCUGAUGUGUCUUUCUUUCCUACACUGACUGUCUGACCCUGGUUCAACACCCCCUCUAGAUGACAGUGUAACCUCAAGAAACCUGUAUCUGCUCUAUCUUUCUCUAAUAGAAGUCCCUAGGGAAACAUCUGGGAAGUGAAGGCUUUGAUCAUGGAUCAAGCCCACCUCCACCACACACACCUGACUCUUCUAACCUGCCAUACAUAAUCUGGGAUGGAGGAAGUCCUAGUUUCUCUGUAUUUAAUCUUUAAGUAAGUUAUUCUUUAUUGUAGCACACUGAAUUUUGUCCUUCAAUUUGAAGACUCAUGGCUACUGCAAGCUGGGAUACUCUUGGGAUGUCAAGGUUAACUCAAAGGCAGUUUCUAGUGCCAGAGUGGUAGCAUAAACUCAGAGUGCAUUGAAGAGCACAGUCUUAUUUGCUUGUAUAAACAGCUGUCCUAGGUCAGACACUAGGUGCCAUGCUUUCAAGAUCAAAGGAGCACCUGUGAGAGGCACGCCAUAGCCACACAGGCAUCCAGGCCUCCACCAUCUCUUCUGCUGGGCAGCAAUGAGAACAUUCUGGUUGAAGCCCAGUUCACCUGGGAUUCUCAAGCAGCCAUUAUCCUCCACUGUAUGAUGGCUCUCAUGAAGAAAUGCCACCAAAUGAGGCCAUACGUCACAGAUUGGAGAUACAGGGGAAACUACAAAUUCCCUAGACCCUUGCCCUAAGAAGUUAAGUUAGUGAAUGCUAUAAAAUGCUUUCAACAGUGUGUGUGUGUGUGUGUGUGUGUGUGUGUGUGUGUGUGUGUGAGAGAGAGAGAGAGAGAGAGAGAGAGAGAGAGAGAGAAGCACUUCUACUAAAUUCAAACAUUUAAAUAAUUCAGGUUCACAUACUUAGGUAAAUUUUUGGGAAAAUACUUUAUUUUGGGGGGAGAUAGCUAACUUUCCUGUCUAUUACUAGCAAACAUUUUAUUUCAUUCUCCUUAUAUGUGUUCUUCCUUAAGCUACCUAGAUUAAUGGGUCUAAUAUGUGGACAUUAUAUCUAUUUAGUAUUUCUUAGUAACUAUGGUACUGUUUUAACCAGGUAUUCAAAAUUUCCUGACAACUUCUGGGGUUUUGCUUUUCCCAAAUCAAACUAAAAAUAUUUUGCCCCUAAAGCUGUGCCAUUUCCUGGCAAUGUCUAUUUUGUAUGUUCUACUUUGUAGGAAUACAGGACCUGGAAAUAGCUGUGUCCACACGAUGUGAUUGUAUUGGUGACAGAACACAGCAAACUGUCAAAAAGAGAUGGUUUGCCUCCCUGGGUGUCUGUGUCAUGGAGUGGAUCAACGAGCAGAUGUGUGGGGCUGACUCUAGACCAGCAACUCACCCUCUUUGGAAUUCUUGCUCCAAUUUUAUGCUUGACAGACCACAAAUAUGUCUUAGAGCUAUUUUGCUGCAUCUGAUCUUUUAUCUGUAAGACUACUUACUAUAUAUGCGCGUGCCAUGGAGUGCACAUGGAGGUCAGAGGUCAGUUCUCUCUUUUCAUUAUGCAGAUCCCAGGGAAUAACAACAGGCUGUCAGGUUUGCAGUGAGCAUCUUCACCAACUAGCCCAUCUGGUUGGCUGCUCCUAACUUUAUAAGUAGGUAUACUUCCUACUCCUUUUGGAAGAUAAGGUUCGUCAUUAUUUACAGAUGCCUUCCCUAAGCUUUGUGCUUUGUACUCCAGUUCAACCUAACCUCUCCAUUGCUAUGGCUUUUAUAAUUAACUCUCAUCAGAUCUUUUGUGAUUUGAAAAUGGGCAUUUAAGUUAUUCCCACCCAUCUUGUAUUUUGCUUUGUUCUGACCCUCAGCCCCCUGGGGGGAUUUAACUGAGGUUUCCAGAACCCUGAAAAGAAGAUUAACCCUGGGGAGUGCUAACCAGCCAGAACAGUGUAUCACUGCUGAAACCAGUGUACCUAAAUGAGCUAUGGGGGCGGGAGUGACCCAGGUUUUUAGUUGGUUGAUGUAUCUGUGUUCUGUGCUGUGUGUUAAACAGGAGACCCUUCCCCUUUAUGCUAUUUGGAUCUCAUAAUGACUUGAAGAUAUACUUACUAUAUUUUCACAAACAUAAAAGACGGAUUUGACGAUGAAUUCUUAUUCUUUCUCCCUGUUUGGUCUUUCCAGAAUUCAGAAAUUGUGAUAUAAUUUUUUUUGUAGAGGGUUAAAAAUAGUUUGUUUUCCCCGUUAUUGGGAAGUAAUUGAACACUGGUUACAAUGGCAGCAUUUUCUUCAAUGUCACAUUUGAGAAUAAUGUUCCCUUAAUCAGUAGCCACCACACAUUUAAGGAACCCAUGUUUGCUUUAGAGACCCAGAGUCUACAAUAUUCUCCAGGUAAACAAGAGUGGAUCUGCUUAAGGGUCUUCAGCCUUCAAGUCAAUGAGGAAUGUCACCCUGUCACCAAAUGUCAGAAGCCGCAGGACAUUUGGAGGUAAGGGAAGUCUCCCAAACAUAACAGGCUCUAGCCGACCUGCAGCAAGCCCCGUCUAGCUCAGCUUCCAGACACAAGAGGCUGUUAAACGUGCCGCUGGACUCUUCAACAAAGGCCCCCAGUGGUUGGAGAUAAGGCUUGAUUCCGAGCACCCACUUGACGAUGCCUACUAACCAUCCAUAAAUCCUAUUCCAGAGGACUCCUAGCCUUCUGACCUUGGGCAUACACACAGUAUACAAAUAUACAUGUAAGCAAAACACUCAUACACAUAAAUAAAUCUAAAGAUAAAAGAGGAAGAAAGAGAGAAAGAAAGAAACUGUUAUCAAGACCCAUAAAUCAAAUGUAAGGUCCUAUUGACAAAGUGUCAUUCUAGUUUCUGUCAUCUAUGCAAAUCAAUCUAAUGAAGCCAAGUGUAGUCUGUGACUAAUCUAAGAGACAGCUUUUGGUGAAUGAGGGGCUAUGGAAAAAAAAUGUAUGUGAGGCAUGAAGUAGUGUCUGAAGCCCCUUUCCCAGUCCUGCCACUGUCUGGGUGAUUUCUGAUUUUUAAUAUGUGAAAACUGUUUGGUGGAAGCCGCGGCACGAAGCACUUGGAGGCGAGGCUCUCGAGCCCGCUCCCACCCUGGCCCCAGCGCCCACCGGGUUGGCCCCGGCCCAGCCAUGAUCAAGGCCAUCCUCAUCUUCAACAACCACGGGAAGCCGAGGCUCUCCAAGUUCUACCAGCCCUAUGUAUUUGUGGAAACAUUAGACAAAUGUUCUGAAAAUGUUUGUGAACUGGAUUUAAUAUUCCAUGUAGACAAGGUUCAUAAUAUUCUUGCAGAAAUGGUGAUGGGGGGAAUGUUAUUGGAGACCAACAUGAAUGAGAUUGUCACACAAAUUGAUGCACAAAAUAAACUGGAGAAAUCUGAGGCUGGUUUAGCAGGAGCUCCAGCCCGUGCUGUAUCAGCUGUAAAGAAUAUGAAUCUUCCUGAGAUCCCAAGAAAUAGUAACAUUGGUGACAUCAGUAUAAAAGUGCCAAACCUGUCCUCUUUUAUAUCUUUUUUUUAUAAAGAUUUAUUUAUUUAUUAUAUGUAAGUACAUUGUAGCUGUCUUCAGACACUCCAGAAGAGGGAGUCAGAUCUCGUUACGGAUGGUUGUGAGCCACCAUGUGGUUGCUGGGAUUUGAACUCUGGACCUUCGGAAGAGCAGUCGGGUGCUCUUACCCACUGAGCCAUCUCACCAGCCCCAACCUGUCCUCUUUUAAAUAAAUAUUAAAAAGGCCACUCCCAGAUAAAAUCCAGAGGGAACAUCAUCUAAGUUUACCAUGUUGUUUACCAAAAAUAGAGGAGAGUCUUAACUUAGCUCUUGGUUUCAAGUCAAGGUACUGUAUAGAAGCUGCAUAAAAUCAGUAUGGAAGUUCAAUGUUGCUUUUCUUGCUCAGUGAUUUUAAAGAAACUGACUAGUUCCCGUGUGAUUUUUUUUUUCCUUUUCUAAAUUGCAUUCCUAUGCCCACAUAAAGGCAUGCCUCUAUAUAUUGGCUAUUACAGUAUUUCGAAAAGUGAGAUGUUUCUUUAAUUAUAUACAGCCCAAGAUGUUGAUGUUUUGUAUGGAUCACAAGUGCAGCAUUCUCUAAUUCUUUCUGCUGUUUGUCACAAUUGUUAUUUAAAGAACCAAGUAUGUAUUGCAUGAAA